AUGUCCUUUGCGGAACACCCGGAUUUUGUUCUAUUCUCGAACCCUCUCCAGUCCAAGAUGCUUGCUCUCGACGCCUCCAGACCUAAACAAUACUUCCAACCCAUGAUGGAUCCCAACAUGGAAUUACUCCCAUACUCCAUGGACAUGCAGCAGUAUGCGCAGAACAUCGACUUCUCUCGAGUCCCACAUUCGUACUUCGAAACCCCAGCUCUCUAUACCGAAGCCGAGCUGCAAAAACACGCCAACUUCUCCUCGAUGCCCGCCACACCUCCCUCCGUCACAACAUCCUACGCUGCAGAACCACAAAUUCCCACAGGAUCAGCAGCUUCCGGGCCGUCCAUUGCCAGCGCAUCUUCAUCUGCAAUUGGAUCCCCAUACUCUGGACCCGCACAGGUGUUUCAAGAGAACUGGCUCAAUACCAACCAUGGACUCGGGCUGCCGGCGGCCGUGAUGCCUGAUAUUUUCCCCAGUGACUAUAUGGGGAAUGCAGGUGACAUGGAUGGGCUAUACCGGGAGAAGAUUCCGGAUAGUACAUUCGUUGAUCCAUCUCUCAUUCACCAUCAGUCUGUGUCUAGCCACAACCUCAUGCCUAGUAUCUCAUAUCCAGAACAAAACACAUAUUCCACCAUCCCCCCUAAUUAUCUGCCUUACUCCCCGGCCACAUCACCCGUCCCAUACAGCGACAAUGUGGAGCAACAUUCGCCGGGUCUCCACCCAAUUCCGCAGCCUUCCCCUCUGAUGAUGAAUUCGGGUUUCCACUCCCGCCCCCCGUCCGUCUAUGAGCGACGCUCUUCCAUUUCCUCCAUCCAUUCUCGUCGCUCCCAACAGAGCCCCGCUUUGAGCAGUAUCGAAGGCGAUGACGUCAAGGAAAAGGGCCAAUGCCCCUUCGCAGAGUGUGGCCGCGUCUUCAAAGAUUUGAAGGCUCACCUGCUUACUCACCAGUCCGAGCGGCCAGAGAAGUGCCCCAUUGUGAACUGCGAGUAUCACAUUAAGGGCUUUGCCCGCAAAUAUGACAAGAACCGUCAUACCUUGACCCAUUACAAGGGCACCAUGGUCUGCGGUUUCUGCCCCGGAUCUGGCUCUUCGGCCGAGAAGAGUUUCAACCGGGCUGACGUCUUCAAGCGUCAUUUGACCUCCGUCCACGGCGUGGAGCAGACUCCGCCUAAUUGCCGCAAGCGCAGCCCGGGUGCCUCUUCCAAGAAGGGGACCAACUACCCCAGCGAUGCUACUGGCAAAUGUUCGACUUGCUCGGCUACAUUCAGCAACCCCCAGGACUUUUAUGAGCAUCUGGAUGACUGUGUUCUGCGCGUUGUGCAGCAGGAGGAGCCAUCCGAGGCAAUCAACCAGCAACACCUGGCUGAUGUUGCUACCGACGAGGAGGUGAAGAAGACGAUGGAGAAGCAUCAUUUGCAGGACACAGCUGGCUCCAUCGAGCAAUACGAUGAUGAUGAUUCCCACGACGAUAACGACUCUUAUGACCUUUUGAAUUUCCGCACUGGCCGGAAUUCCAAAUCCAAGGGCUCUCGUGCUAUCAUCGGUAACGGCAAUGCCAUUACCAAAAACACUUCCUCCACCGCAUCUGGUAAGGGUCCUCGUGCUGUGGUGACUCGUCGCCGCAACAACCGUGGGAAUUACCCUCAGUCCUGGGGAUGCCCGAAUAGCAGCAUGAAGACCAAGAAGCGUGUGCUGUGCGUCUUCAGCGGCCAGCGUCGCCUGUGGAAGGAUGAGAUGAUGCUGAACAACGAGUUCGAGGUUCGUGUGCCACUUCCAGGUGGCGCGGGUGACGGUACCAACCGUGAUGCCUAUGUCACUGAUCUGGACGUGGAGACCCUAAAGCGUGCCGAGGGUGUCCUCAGCGCCAGCGAAGAGGAGCGUGGUCCUUGGCUUGAUGGCCCAUCUACCCAUCUGAUGGGUCAACCAGCAAGACUUCUCCCUGAUCUAUUCCAACCGGAGGAUGAUCUGUCGAUCAACGAACUCAUGGCUUGA